AUGGAGGAUGCAUUGUGGUCUUGUAUUCCAUCGGACAUAGUAGGAUUAAUAUCAUCACGUCUCGUUGCCGCAGAAUACUUUAUUUUUCGUGCAGUUUGUAAAAGAUGGCGCUACGCACCCAUGAUACCUCCACCUCGUCCUUGUCAACCAGAAAAAUCGCCUUGUUUGAUCACCUUGCGUGGAAAUACCGGAAUUGUAGAAUUCUUUCAUCCCGUGUACAAUGUUGUGACGACUACGUCUAUCCCGAUCUUAAAAUUAAGGGGUUCCCGAAUUCGAAGUUCAAAAGCUAAUUGGUUACUCAUGAGUCAGGGUAACCGCGGCAUGUUUUUUUUCAAUCCUAUUAGUAAUGACAUAAUUGAACUCCCUGAUCUACAACAACAGAAUGAGAAUUCUUUCUCUUCUUGGACUUUUUCAUGCCCUCCCGACUCAUUGUCAUCUGCUUGCUUUGUUGUUGGUUUUCAGUAUAUUGGUAAUCCCCCAAUAGUAUACAUCAUCAAGGUUGGAGACAAUACAUGGACAUAUUAUAACUUCUACGAUGACUAUGACGAUGACUAUAACCUAUAUUUUAGUUCAACCGGAUGUAAUAACCCCAUAUUUUUCAACAACAAUACUAUCUACGUACUGGGAGAUAAAGGAAAUUUGGGAAUACUAACCAUCAACGAAAACUCAAUUCCUAGUUGGGAAUUUUAUGGGAGCUACUUUAGGAGUCGAAAACAAAAGUCAAUCCGACAAGUUUACACGGUAGAAGAUGUCGACAAUGAAGGAAUGUUAGCUGUUUUUCUAUCUCACCAUGAAGGGGAUGUAGUAGAGGUUUGGAAGUACAAAAUGAAUGGAAAAGUGUUGGAGAGGGAAAUAAUAACAAGUUUAGACGAUAAUAAAACAUUGUUUGUGAGCUCUGGAGGAUCAUGCUUGAAAACAUGUGUUGCACCUGGCCUACGAAACAAGAUAUAUUUUCCAAUGUUUCACAACAACAACAAAGGUGUUUUCUAUUGUUUGGUCAAUCGCAAAUAUUAUUCUUUCGAUUACUUUGGCCUUAAACCUUAUUCAAGUCCAAAUAUUUUCCACUUAGUUCGACCAAGAUCAUGCAUAUGGAUCGAAUCAGAGAAUGAUUAA